UUAUGUAUUUUGGAUAAAGUUUUGGAAAAAUAUGAGGCUGCAUCAACUUUUUUGAGGAGUUCUGAUAAUUAUCAAUACUGACUCUAACCAUGUCGUCACCAGAGGUGGAGAGAUUUGAGGUCACUGACGAUGACCUUCUUCAUGAAUUCAACCAAAGACCUGGACACAGGAUUUCCAAAAAUAGGGCCAUAUAUGGAAUGUGGGCGGAGGACAGUGAUGAGGAUACAGGCCCUACCAUUGGAUUUUCUCGAGGGUCUCGUGGGAAGAAAAACUAUGGGGCGCCUGUCAACUUCGUUAGUGGUGGAGUGAAGCAAGGCAGCAAGAUCUUAAAAGAAAACAAAGGAAAGGAAAUGGAGGAAGAAGAAGAGGAUUCCGAUUCUGACAGUGCUGGGCAGUCUGUACCUCUCGUCCAAGCACCGUUAAGGCCCUCACAGGUUCCAAUAGUACAACCGCCUUUGAGGUCAUCUGGUGCAUCGGCCAAGAGCAAACCAACACAGCUGGGAGGCUCAAAAAAGUUUGCUGGUGUUAAUAAUCAAGACAAGUCGUUUGGCAGUUGGGAAAAACACACCAGAGGGAUUGGUCAAAAACUUCUCGAAAAGAUGGGAUACAGACCAGGCGAAGGUCUGGGCAAGACUCAUCAAGGUAUCACCACUCCUGUGGAAGCAGUGAAGCGGAAAGGUCGAGCAGCUGUCGGAGCCUACGGUACGGAGAGGUCGGAAAGGUCAUUGAAGGACUACCCUGUCUAUGACUCGGAGGAGGAGGAAGAUAAUAGAUUUCAGUCACAGCUACAGCAAUGGAAGAAAACAGAGGGCAACCAGAAGAAACCAAAGUAUGUCUAUAAAACUGCUCAGGAGCUUAUUGACACAGGGGUGGUGAAGAAACGGCCACAGCUGUCAAAAUCAUCCAAGGUCAAGGUCAUUGACAUGACUGGCAAGGAACAAAGAGUUCUUUCAGGUUACCACGCCAUAGGUCAUCGUCAUGACAAACCUGAAAUUGAGGAGGAGCCUGCACCAAAUCUGACCAAUCAGAAGAGAGCCUUUGACUUACCAGAGCUGACCCAUAACCUGAAUCUCCUUGUAGAUAUGGCCGAAGAGGAUAUUAUGCAAAAUGAUCGCAAAUUGCGGUACUUGAAGGAUCAUAUUGUAAACAUGAGGUACGAGAAAGAACGACUAGAUGAAAUCUGUAACCAGGAGGAAAAACUGAUGGACAGGCUAAAGAAAGUGCUGGAAAUUGUAGAUAUGUGUCAAAAAAGGACACAGCCUGGCUGUGAUGAUCCCAUGUCCUUGUCCGAGUGUGCGGCCAUCUUUAAAUCACUCCAAGAAGAUUAUUAUGAAGAGUAUCGAAUGUACGACUUGUCAUCUCUAGCAAUAGCUCUUGUCUUUCCUAUGAUGAAGCAGCAUUUUACUGGCUGGGAUCCCCUGAAGAACCCCACUCAUGGCCUAGAGACGGUGAGAGAGUGGAAGGCACUUCUAGAAGACUACACUACCAAAUUGGCGGCCGGACCCCUGACCGGGGGUCAGGACAUGGACGUGUAUCAGAGGCUACUCUGGGAUGUAUGGCUGCCAUUUGUUAGGACUACAGUGUUGACGUGGAAUGUACGUAACUGUGACAACAUCAUCGAGCUCUUGGAGACCUGGAUGCCUGUACUUCCUGGUUGGGUGAUGGGGAACAUCCUCGACCAGCUGGUGUUACCACGGUUACUACAGGAAGUGGAAAACUGGAAUCCUUUAACGGACACUAUGCCAAUUCAUGCAUGGCUGCAUCCAUGGCUUCCACUCAUGGGCGACAAACUGGAACCACUCUAUGCUCCAAUCAGGCACAAACUUGCAAAUGCUCUCAUUAACUGGCACCCUUCAGACUCGUCAGCCAAGGUCAUACUGCAGCCGUGGAUGAAAGUGUUUAAGCCAGGACACACUGAAGCAUUCCUCGUCAAAAAUAUCCUCCCAAAACUCGCCAUGUGUAUGACAGAGUUUGCCAUCUGUCCACACCAGCAGGUCCUGGAUCCAUGGCACUGGGUAGUGGCUUGGCGAGAUAUCAUUCCAGCUAAACACAUGGUAGCCAUGCUGGACAAAACCUUUUUCCCCAAGUGGCUGCAGGUAUUGUGUGGAUGGCUGGGUAACAUGCCAAACUAUGAGGAAAUCACCAAAUGGUACCUUGGCUGGAAGUCGUUGUUCCCUGAGCAGUACAUGUCCAUACCUGUUGUCAAAGAUCACUUUAACAAAGCCCUGGACAUUAUGAAUCGGGCAGUCUCUGGUCACUUCCAGCCUGGAGCCAAGGAAAACAUGGCUUACUUUGCCCAUACUGAGAGAAGACACAUGGCGGACACGUCUGUUCCUCCCCCUCCUCCUCCUCCUCCUCCUCCUACAUCUGUACCCCUCCGCCCCCCAGCACCACCAAUACCACAAGACUAUCAAGCAGUCCGAAGUUCCACAGCCAGUUCUUCAUACCCAGCCAGCUUUAAGGAGUUGGUGGAGAAAAAGGCUGAAGAAAGCAAUAUCCUUUUCAUGCCUAUACCGGGUCGUACCCAGGAGGCGAAGCAAGUGUACCGUUACGGUAAACUGAUUAUGUAUAUGGACAGAAGUGUGAUAUUUAUACAAGAAAACAACCAAUGGAUCCCUGUAUCCCUACAGACACUUAUAGACAAGGCGGUAUAGAACUGGAAUAUAUAAAGUGAAUUUCUCUAUGGACACUCCUGGACGGGCUGUAUAACAGUAGAAAUUAACAGUUAAUUUCUCUAUGGACACUCGUGGAUAGGCCGUAUAGUACUGGAAUAUAAAAAGUGACUUUCUCUAUGGACACUCGUGGACAUGGCUGUUUAACAGUGGAAAUUAACAAAAAAAUUCUCUAUGGACACCCAUAAACAAGGACGUUUUACUAUCGGACUAUAAUUAAACCCAUGAAAAAGUACUGAAAAACCAUGAAACAGUCCAUGAAUAUUGUAAAAUAAACAUGGCCGUGACUUUAAGCACUGCCAUGAAAAAUC